AUGGCCGUCCCAUCCCUCGAAAGCGCGCCCGUACUCUCUACGCCUGAUACACACAUAUUCGAAGACCCCACGCCCGCCGUAGACACGUCGAGUCUAGUCAGACUUUCAGAUGAGCAGAUCACGCUCACAUACGAAAUCGAGCGGACGGUUAAGGAGAUACGGGAGGGAAGAUGGAAAAGGAUCGCGCUGCAAUUUCCAGAUCACAUGCUUACCGAUGCGCCGAGAGUGUAUGAGCAGCUGAGUCGAGGACUGGGCAAGGAAAGGAAGGCGCUGAAUGGAAAGCAAGAAACAAACGGACAUGCAAAUGGUGCGACAAUAGCAGAGGAACUCAUCGCAGACCUGGACAAGGCUACGAUAUCCGAGGAAGGGAGCAAUCGGGAGAGCCUGUUUAUACUGGGCGACACUUCGUACGGUGCGUGCUGCGUGGACGAGGUUGCUGCAGAGCACGUCGAUGCGGACGUCGUUGUGCAUUAUGGCCGCUCGUGUCUAUCACCUCCUUCAAGACUACCGGUCAUAUACGUCUUUACGGAACGAUCGCUAGAUCUCGACUCAGUAGUCACGACGUUCAAGGAAACAUACCCAGAAAAAGCGGCAAAGAUCAUACUCAUGGCAGACAUACCAUACUCACACCACGUCCCCACCCUCUACAAACGCUUAUGUGAUGACGGCUACACGGGUCUACACGCUACAGAAAUCGUCCACAACCCUUCCUCGCCACUCCCAAACCGGACGAUACCAUCCGAAGCAGCAGAAACAGACGAUGCCCUCCGCGACUAUGCGCUAUUCCACAUUUCCGACCCACCAGCCUCUCUCCUCCUCACCCUCUCCUCCCGCGUCGCCUCCAUACAUAUCUACCCCACAGAGAGCAACUCCUCCGUAACACCUACCGCUUCGCUCGCUAGUACCGCACAAACCCUCCGUCGCCGCUACGCCCUGCUUACCUCUCUCUCUACAACGCCCAUCUUCGGCAUCCUGAUCAACACUCUCUCCGUGAAGAACUACAUGCACAUACUCUCCCACGUACAAAGGCAAAUCACGGCAGCAGGCAAGAAGUACUACACUUUUGUCGUAGGCAAAGUCAACGCGGCUAAGGUAGCCAACUUCAGUGAAGUGGGCGGCUGGGUAGUGAUCGGCUGUUGGGAGAGCAGUUUAAUUGAAAGCAGAGACUUCUGGCGGCCGAUGAUCACGCCGUGGGAACUCAAGGUGGCAUUGCAGGGCGACGAGGAGAGGGUGUGGACAGGAGCUUGGGAGGGUGACUUCCAAAAGGUCCUCGAUGAGGAGGUUAAGGAUGGGGGGAGGACUGAUGGUGAUGAAGAAGCGAUGGGUAAUGGGAAAGAUAUGAAAGAGGAAGCGGACAUGAAUGGAGACUAUGAUUCUGAAGAGGAAUCUGCGCCUCCUGAGUUCGAUCUUAGAACUGGUCGCUAUGUGUCGCAUGCGAGACCUAUGCGCUCGACUGCCACUCCAAAGGCUGUCAAUGGUAACCCGGUGUCGUCUAGUUCGGCACUAACGAAACGAGCGAAUGGCGAUAUUGCAGCCGUGGGAGGUGUGGCUUCACCGGGUGCUGAGUACUUGCGCUCGAACAGAACGUGGCAGGGUCUCGGCACCGACUACCGCGACGCAGACAAUGGAGAAGAUGGCACUGGUGGUGCGAGGGCGGCCAAGAUGGAAGAGGGUAGAAGUGGGAUUGCAAGGGGCUAUGUUGUUGGUGAGCAAGGGAGCAGACAUUGA